AACGGAUAAGAACAGAAACUCAGAAAAGGAAAAGCUGAGAGAAAAAGCAAAAGAAAAUACCAAAAAGGAAAAGAAUGGCAGCAACAUGUUCAAUUCCAUUUCCCCAAAACGUUUUCAGAGACCGUUUCAACUCAGCCAAACGCCACUACUGUCUCACCCAACAACGUUUCUACUCACCAUCUCGUGUUCUUUGCUCUGGCAAUAGAGAUGGUCAUCCGGAGGUGGUGAAGGAGAAUUCGUCUCAUGUAAACCAAAUCAAGAAUGUGGCUUGUGGGAUUCUGGCUGUUUGGGCAGUCAGUACUGCCUCACCUGUUGUUGCAGCUAACCAGAGACUACCACCAUUGUCUACAGAGGCGAAUCGAUGUGAACGAGCAUUUGUUGGAAACACAAUCGGUCAGGCAAAUGGUGUGUAUGACAAGCCACUCGAUCUUCGGUUUUGUGAUUUUACUAAUGACAAAUCCAACUUGAAAGGGAAAACCCUUUCGGCUGCGCUCAUGUCUGAUGCCAAAUUCGAUGGCGCUGACAUGUCUGAAGUGGUCAUGUCUAAGGCUUAUGCUGUUGGAGCUAGCUUCAAGGGUGUUGAUUUUACGAAUGCGGUGUUGGAUCGGGUUAAUUUCGGAAAAGCUGAUCUUGAAGGAGCUUCAUUCAAGAACACAGUACUAUCAGGGUCAACAUUUGAUGAUGCAAAAUUGAAAGAUGUAGUAUUUGAGGACACCAUUAUAGGUUACAUUGAUCUUCAGAAGAUUUGUAGAAAUGAAAGCAUCAGUGAAGAAGGAAGAGCUGAAUUGGGAUGCCGGUGACCAUUCUUUCUUUCAUUGUCCUAAAACAACAACACUAUAUAUGUAUCUAAGUAAGUAUAUCUUCUUUUCAAGUAAUCAAAAUAAAAAAGAUAAAAGGCUGAGAGAGUGGUGUUCUUAAUCAUAGUUUUGAUUAUGUAAACCCAAUUUGUGUUUUGGUUCACUUAUAUGUGUCCUUUUGUUUUGACAAAAUAUAUAGAGGAAUGAAAUUUACAAUUCGUCAUUUA